AUGGGCAGGAACCAUCACCAUCUUCGACUUCCUGAACAUCUCUACCUUUCACCUCCUCCUCCACCUCCAACCCCGCCGUUCUCUUUCGCCUCUGCUUCCCUCCUUGCUGUCAAAUCCGCCGUCUAUUUGUCUCCUUCUGCGGUCCUGUUCCAGGAGCCAGGUCGCACCAAGGCCUUUGCUGUCGGCGACCGUAUUCCGGGCUUCAAAAUUUCUGCCGCCUUCUUUACUACGCUCCGGGCAAAUCUCAUCCUCGACCUCGAGUCUACCCCGCCAUCCUUAGCCAACACGCCAGACAUUUUAAGACCGACCGACAUGGCUUCAUCCGGCAGCCUGCCUCCUCCCUCUCCUCUCGCGCAAAGCUCCGAGGCCGGAGGUGAGGCCGCUGCUCUCCCUGAGAAGCAGGCAGAUCCGCUCGACUCGCUCCCGGAACUUGGCACUAAACUUGCCGCUACUGAAGACGACAAGGUCGAAGCGCUGCACUUGAUCGCCGACUCUGUUGCUCAACAGCGCCAAUUAGCCUCGGCCACUGUGAUCUUCCAUCCUUUGACUCUCUCGGCACUAGUCCUUCUUCUUGGCUUGGCAUAUCAAAAUCUUUACAACGGCGCCUCCUCGGAUUGGGCGAUUAUUGGCACAACAUCAGCAGGCAUCCUCAUGGCUGUGCUUAUUACCGUGCGCUGGCUCACCAGUGGCUACAUUUUCGAGGCUGAGCGAGUAGGGACCUGGAAAUGGUUGAAUGAAGGCCGGGCUGAUCCGGACAAGGGCAUCGUGGGUUCCGAAGACGAAAUCCUACUGACACGAUUCGGCGGUGAUAUCAUCGGAACAAUCGUUGUUCGUGGUGUGCGCGAUUCUUCUGGUUCUGCCGGCAAAUCACGCAAGAAUGCGCCGGUCACCGGAUACAUACGCGCAUGGACAGUCAAGCGGCGGUAUCGGCGCAAAGGCGUGGGUCAAGGUUUGCUCGAGGAAGCCAUCGCGCUGUGUCAGCGAAAAGGGUGGAGCGGUCCGGAAUUUGCAGAGGACCAUGCCAACUCAGCGAAUGUCCUGCAUCCGACUUUUUCGGGUGGGUUCAGAAAGAAGGAAAAGCAGGCGAGGGAGAUGUUGGAGAGGGUGAUUGAGGAGAGUAGGUCGAAUGCCAGUGGCAAGAAGGGCAAGAGAUAA